AUGAAUAAAGCGAAGGAGCAGCGCAUGAGCCCCAUGGGAUCGUCGGGAUCGUCGGGAUCGUCGGGAUCGUCGGGAUCGAAUUCGGUGCGUUCGCCGGCAACGCGCGAGCGUCGGGCCGUCGUGGAGAGCUACGAGGGCACCCAGCUGAUGCCGGACGAAGCGAUGCUGCCGAUGCCGCCCCACAACAUGGCCCGCAGUCCGAGUCUUCUGCUGCAGGAUACGCGGCAAUGGCUGAAACGCUGCCAGGGCCUGUUGCGCCUGCUCAAGCGCAGCGGCUAGGAGAUAUCCAUUUCUAGUUUUAUAUUUUGCUGUUGUUUGUUUAGUUGGCCGUUGCCAGUUACCGUUACCGUUACAUUCGUUAAUUCCGUUGAUUCCAGUUUCAGUUAGAAACAAUCACAUAUACUACAUGCAUAUAUAUUAGAGGUAUAUGCAUUAGAACUAGCUAUAUCUCACGCUCUCACGCUGCUCUCAUUCUGCUCUCGAUCACUUGCGAUUAAGUAAUUUAUACAUGGGCUCCCAAGCCUCAAGUCAAAGCUAUCAGGAAUCGAUCAACUCCAUCGAUCCAAUUCACACUAAAUGCUCUGCCCCCCGAUGACACGAAAGUACUUCUAUGACUGCUGAUGCGAUAUUUGAUUUGAACCAAAAUUUGAAGUUUCUAUGCAAAUGAUAUGAAAAAUAUGAUUGGAGUAUUAAAUUCAAAGUUUAUUGAACAGUC